UAGGAAUACACACUAUUGUGGCUAGCUUUUUAGACGUCGGGCCAGCAACAAGAGAAAGACGAGAGGGAGAUUUCUUUGAUGGGGUCCCAGACGUUGUUGGGAAGGCAAGCUGGGUGACGCAAUGACGUCACCGGGCGAAGCAGCGCUCCCGUGGUUUAGGGUUCACAGCUGAUGCGAGGAUUCCCUCCUUGUGCUACCAGUCAUUGCAUCGAGAACAGUUGUUCAUUAUGAUGACACCUAAUUGGAAAAUAAUAAUUGUUUGCACUAUAAUGAAGCAGCCGAGGUUGUGAAAUUUAUCUUGGCUGCCUGCAUGAUAGAAAAUUAGACUUUUUGUCUCAUGCACUCAACAGUUGUCAUUUUUAAGACCCAAUGCAACAAAGUAUAUAUUUAUUUUUUGUACGUAUUGUUUGGUUGAGUGGUCGGAGUGGCUUUGUUAUUUUUGACUUUGAGCUGCCAACUUGUUCCUGUGUUUUAGCCAUGUUUUUCCCUCUUAUUUUCUCAUGAUUGGUGACGUAACUCUAAGUACACCUCAUGUUAACCGGACAUUUUUUGCACGUGGAUAACAUUUAUAGAACGCAAUGUAUAGGCUAAUACUUUAAUAUUGGAUUUGCUCGAUGGUCAAAGUGAAUACACAUGGAUUCACUAUCGCAGGACUAACUGAUUUAAACGAUCAAAAUUACCUGAUCUCGUGCCUUUUUCGUUUAUGCAAAAUCACCACUGGCCAGCCAUGUUAUAUGGAACAUUUGGUGAUCAACAGCUUAUCAGCCACGCAAGAACUUGAGCUUUCCACUUUUGAUAUUUUCAUAUAAACCUAUAGGAACAACCUGAGAGACUACUGAAACGUAAAAUACUAUGCAGUGCGUCCACCAUCUGUUCUGCGGCGCCAGCACAAGUUUCGCUGCAGCAGAGCAAAAAGGCUUGUAGCUGGACCGACCACUCUCUCCAAAAGGUUGCAGGACGCCACCGGAUUCUCCUGGUGAAACCAGUGGCGGUGGGUCGGCAGGCAUGUACGCAGCAGUGGAGCAUGGCCCUGUCCUGUGCAGCGACUCCAACAUCCUCUGCCUUUCCUGGAAGGGCCGGGUACCCAAGAGCGAGAAGGAGAAGCCUGUGUGCCGGCGGCGCUACUAUGAGGAAGGCUGGCUGGCCACGGGGAACGGUAGAGGGGUUGUCGGGGUGACGUUCACAUCCAGCCACUGCAGAAGAGACCGAACGACCCCACAGAGGGUCAACUUCAACCUGAGAGGGCACAACAGUGAGGUAGUGCUGGUGCGAUGGAACGAGCCCUUUCAGAAGCUUGCAACCUGCGACACGGAUGGGGGCAUCUUUGUGUGGAUCCAGUAUGAGGGACGCUGGUCUGUGGAGUUGGUCAAUGACCGUGGGGCUCAGGUGAGUGACUUCACUUGGUCCCAUGAUGGUACCCAGGCUCUCAUCUCCUACCGAGAUGGUUUUGUCUUGGUGGGUUCAGUCAGCGGCCAGCGACACUGGUCAUCGGAGAUCAACCUGGAGAGCCAGAUCACCUGCGGCAUCUGGACCCCUGACGACCAGCAGGUGCUCUUUGGUACUGCAGACGGCCAGGUGAUCGUGAUGGACUGCCACGGGCGCAUGCUUGCCCACAUCCUGUUGCACGAAUCCGACGGCAUCGUCAGCAUGUCUUGGAACUACCCAAACUUCCUGGUGGAGGACAGCAGUGAGAGUGACACCGACUCGGAUGACCUCACACCACCACUAGUGCACAGUUUGAAACCUCUGCUGACGGUCAGCUUCACCUCGGGAGACAUCAGCCUGAUGAACAACUAUGAUGACCUCUCCCCCACUCUCAUCCGCACCGGCCUCAAGGAUGUGGUGGUCCAGUGGUGUUCCCAGGGGGAUCUCCUAGCCGUGGCCGGGAUGGAGAGUGCCACGCUGCCCCCAGACCUCUCCUGUCCAACUCUCCCCAGGAACGCCAUUGUCAAGUUCUACAACGCCUGCGGAGAUCACAUCUACACACUGGAUACACCUGCACAACGUCCCAUCACCACACUGUGCUGGGGUCACCGGGACUCCCGGCUGUUCUUGGCGUGCGGGGCGUUACUCUACGUGGUCCGGGUGGAACACCGUGUGGCCAGCCUGCAGCUGCUGUGCCAGCAGGGGAUCGCCGGGGCGCUGCGGGAAGAGAAAGACGUGGCCAAGCUCACUAUGCCCUCGCGUCUCUGUUCCUACGUAACCACAGCCUUCUCACCCACCCUAAAGCCCCCUAUCCCCGACACCAACAAUAUGAGGGAAUUUGUGAGUUACCCGACAGCUGGGAACGAGCGUUUGCACUGCACCAUGAAGCGUACGGAGGACAACCCCGAGGUGGGUGGGCCCUGCUACACCCUGUACCUGGAGUACCUGGGAGGUCUGGUGCCCAUCCUCAAAGGCCGGCGAAUUAGCAAGCUCCGUCCAGAGUUUGUCAUCAUGGACCCCAAGACGGACGGCAAAGCUGAUGAGGUGUAUGGGAACAGUCUGAUCUCGUCGAUGAUAGAUAGUUGUAACUGCUCAGACUCCAGUGACAUAGAGCUGAGUGACGACUGGGUCGGCAAGAAAUCCCCAAAGAUAUCCAGAGGCAGCAAGUCUCCCAAACUUCCGAGGAUAAAUAUUGACCCCAGGAAGUCCCCGAAAUUGUCUCGCAAUACACAGGACAUCUCCCGGUCACCCCGGUUACCUAUUCGAAAGCCUUCCAUCGGUUCCCCAAGUCUCACCCGCAGAGAGUUCCCCUUGGAUGUCAUCACACAGCAUAACUACCUUGCUCAGGUCACGUCCAAUAUUUGGGGAACAAAGUUUAAGAUUGUGGGACUAGCCAGCUUCUUGCCAACCAAUCUCGGUGCAGUGAUUUACAAGACCAGUCUACUCCACCUGCAGCCUAGGCAGAUGACCAUCUACCUGCCAGAGGUGCGCAAGAUCUCCAUGGACUACAUCAACCUGCCUGUGUUCAGCCCCAACGUCUUCAGUGAGGACGAGGAUGACCUGCCUGUCACCGGGGCCAGUGGUGUUGCCGAUGACAACCCCCCCUGCACUGUCAACAUCCCCAUUGCCCCCAUCCACAGCCCUGCCCAGGCCAUGUCACCCACCCAGAGCAUCGGCCUGGUCCAGUCCCUCUUGGCUAAUCAAAAUGUCCAGCUGGACGUCCUCUCCAAUCCCACUGCCAUCUCCAGCGCAUCGGCCGCAGGAGGUUCAUCGGACCCAAAUCAGGACACUAUCCUGACUGCUCAGUACACGGUGCCCAGCAGGUAUUCCAACCCGGGGCAGGUCAUCUUUGGGGGGCUUGAGAUGAGCCGGCUUUUGGUAGGUCCUCCUCCGCUCCAGAUCCCAGUACCACCUGCGCACCAGCUCCAGCAGGGGGUUCUACAGAUCCAGAUCCCUCACCCUGCUGUGGAGCUGGUGGCUGAGCGAAGGGUCAGCGUUGAACACGAGCACCUGCUGAAGAUCAAGCCCACCCGCUCUGUUCCCCAGCUGGCCGAGGGGGACACGGUGGUGUUCAGUGCCCCCCUGGAACUCAGCAAGAUGAACCCCCCGCCCCCAUACCCUGGGACAGUGGCAGCCGCCGUGGCGGCCGCGGCAGCCUCCACUUCCGCAGCGGCAGCAAGCAGCUCACCCGGACAGGCCGGGAGCAGUAACGGAACGCCACCACCGGUGGAUCUGUGCCUGAAAAAGGGGGACUUUUCUCUUUAUCCUCCAGGUCAACCUGGGGCACAGUACCCAACCCCACUUGGCUACGAGCGAAUAACGACAUUUGACAGCAGCGGUAACGUGGAAGAGGUUUGCCGGCCUCGAACUCGGCUGGUCUGCAACCAGAACGUCUACACACUUCAGGGCCCGGGAAGUUCGGCCACUCUCAGGGUCACGUCUUCCUCAUCAGACGGCAAGAAGAUCCAGCUGCCCUAUGCCUCGGCCACCCUCAACAGGCUUACAGUCCCCCGAUACUCCAUUCCCAGCGGGGACCCGCCCCCAUACCCUGAUGCAGCCAAACAGAACACUGCAGUGGGGAGGAGCACAGGACAGCGCCAGGACAGCAGUCUGAUCCACGCCACGCUCAGACGGAACAGCCGGGAGGCCGCCCUCAAAGUCUCUCAGAUGCUGGACCCUCAGAGGACCCUGCCCCCUAAAGCCAAAUCCCAAAACGGUGCGCUGGCAGCCUCCUACCAACAGAGGGUGCCUACAGCCCUAUACACCUGCAGUCAGUGUAGUAGUAACAGUAGUGGGCUUAGCAGCGCUGCCAGCAGUGCUCCCAGUGGGAGUGCGAAUGGAAUCGCUGGGGGCACAAUCAUCAGACAGGAUUUCCCGCCAGGGAAUGGGGCUCCUCACAGUACGGUGAUUGUCCAUUCCAACAGCGCCUCUCCCCUGGCUUCACAGUCCUCAUACAACCUGCUUAGCCCGGAUGCUUCUGGCAAUGGAGGUGUUGGGAACCGAGAGAGGGCAGAUUAUGUGAACUCUGCCUUCACAGAGGAUGAGGCACUGAGUCAGUCGUUGAGGCAUCUGACACUAGGGGGCGCCGAUGUGUCCGGACUGACAGUCAAGAGGCCUCCGCCAUACCAAUGGGAUUCAGGGACUACCGAGGAGGUGUGGGUGCCUCAAGAACGGAUUGGUACUCUGUCCUCAGUCACAACCUCCGGACCUCACAAACCUCCUCCGCUUAUCCUCAGCCCAGCCCAGCACCUCGAUGUGUCCCGGCUGCCUUUUCUCCUGUCUCCCAAGUCCCCGACCAGCCCCAGUGCUGCGUCUUUCCAGGUGGCUGCUGCAGCCGCGGGCUACCAGAUUUCUCUCCAGUACGCUCAAGGCACAACCUUCAGUGGGCCCCAGCUGCAGCACAUGCCCAGCUCUCCACGGGCCUGCUCCCCUAAGGAGCUGGUGGCACCAGUGCCCUUCUCCCAGCAGGAUGCCACCCUGGUCCUACCACCCGGAUACCCUGCCAACCUGGCCAGCCUGGCCUGCUGCCCCCUCCCACCCAUGUACCCAGGGGGUAGCUCCUGUGCUGGGCUCCCCAUCCCCCCCAUUGCCCUUCACACCCCCUGGGGCACCUACAACCCCUGUCCACCCUUGCCCAGCCCCUCAGGUACGGUACCUGCCAUGCCUCCCAAGCUCUCCCAGAUGAUGGUCGGCAAAUCAGCUCUCUCUCCCCCUCCUCCCCCACCGGCUCCGCCUCCUCCACCCCCAGUAGAACUGCAAGGUCAACCUGGGCCCCCAGAACCCACAACCAUGGAAGCUGGAGAGGGUUUCCAGGAGGUAUUUUCCCUCAACGAGAGCCCUGUGGCCAGCCGCAGUGACAAGUUUGUCAAAAAGAACCGCAAGCGAGCUGACGGCAGAGCGGAAGAGGCCAACGUGCCGGCUAUUGCCGAGGGAGGCAAGUCGAAGAAGGAAGGCCGUGCACUGGGCGACUUCAACUCUCUGAUCUCAAGCCCGCGGUUGGGUGGCCGGGACAAGAAGAAGCCGAAGGGCCAAAAGGAGCAGCAACAGAAAGCCAAGAAACUGAGCAAGGCUCCCACCAACACCAACAGUGAGUUCCAGGACAGCUCGGAGAGCGAGCCGGAGCUUUUCAUCAGUGGGGACGAGCUGCUCAAUCAGUGCCAGAGCAGCAAGAAGGGCUGGAAGACCAAGAGGAACCUUCGGGCAGCCAGCGAGUUGGAGGAGAUCAAAUGUCGCAAGGCCAAUGAGAAGGAGGACCGAGGACUAGGUAGCCAAGGCUUUGUCUAUAUUAUGGCCAAUAAGCAGCCACUUUGGAAUGAGGCAACUCAGGUCUAUCAGCUGGACUUUGGGGGUCGCGUCACGCAGGAGUCUGCCAAAAACUUCCAGAUUGAACUGGAGGGGAGACAGGUGAUGCAGUUUGGCAGGAUUGAUGGCAACGCCUAUAUCCUGGACUUCCAGUAUCCAUUCUCUGCUGUUCAAGCCUUUGCAGUGGCUCUGGCCAAUGUCACCCAGCGCCUCAAAUGAGUUGCCCUGCCCCCCGCCCCCGACAACCUAAUUUCUAUUGUGAAUUGGUAUUUCUGCAGGAAGGACAUGAUAUGCUUCAUUUGAAUUUAGUUAAUGUUUAAACAGAAACUGUAAUCGAUUGCGUUGCGAGGAAAUCGACACUGGUGCUGCACUGCCCCGUGUGGCCACCAGUGUGUGCAAUACGCAUGGGAUGCAGGCAUUGGAGCCGAGCCAUAGUCGGCCUUGGCAAAGUCAGUGGUCUUUUGUACUGCUUAUAGGACCCGAGAGCUCAGCUUUCUGUUGUCAUCAUGCAAAUAAAUGCUGCUUUAGCUAAUGGAAGCUAGCUAGAGGAAAAAGACUUGACUGACCACCUUAAAACAGUUUGGGUUUCCUGUCAGCAUGGUUACGAGAGAUGAGUUCUCUCUGUGCAGUUUUAUAAAGAAGAAGCAGCAGUAAUACUUGAAAAAAAAAAACUAUCUGGAAGAUUGAAGAUUUCUCAUCUUUCUGGAGCGCACAGGUACUACUGGGCACUGAAAUCCUUUGCUGUAUGAAUCUUAAGUGAAACUGUUAACAUCACUUUAGCACUGCUUUUGCGUUUAGGUUUUUGCACCUGAAGAUCCAACUCUGUGGUGGGGUAUGGGGCAGACCUAGGCUGUUGAAAUGUCCUUUUUGUUGUUAACUGCCUUUCAGUCAGUCUGUUUUAGACUCCAAAUCUAUUUUGGCUGGAUUUGAGUCUUCAAUAUAUGCAUUUUGUUGUUGGAGCACUAGCACACGCAUAUACGCACGUGGUCUGAUUUCCAUAUUGUCAUGAACUCAGUAAAGUAAAAAAAGAUGUAAGCUGAACAACAUUAUUUUGUUUUACGUUUCCUCCUUGGAUUUUGAAGGACAAACUAUGUGACUCAUAUGGUUUAAUUUAUCUCUGCGUUUAGUUUCUACCCUCUUGCUAGGCCAUACAAGGUUCAGAUUUGAAUCAUUUAGUGGUUGUUGUUUGUAUUCAUGUUCUUUUCAUACAAUCUUAGUACCUUGUUUACAUGGAUUUCAAGAUGUCUACUUUAUUUGGGAGAAACAGAAAGACUGAAUUGAAAUACUGUUAUGUACAGUAUAAAAUCUAAGUGUUUUAGAAUCAGUUUUACUGUGUAAUUCGGACCAUUUUCUUGUAGCUCCCAUUUCUCCGUCAUGGUGUCAGUUGAGAGGGGCACAACAGAAAAUCCUAGAGGUUAGACUUUACAAUGCUGGCCUCUGACUUUUGUUUCCCUGACAUAAAAUUAUUUGUCACCUGCUGUCACUUCUGUGAAGUGAGCGCCAGCAUGUAGGUGUGUCCUGCACUUACACCCAUACCAAAUGUGUAAGCAAGGUACAGGAAAUAUUUUUGUACAUUUCACUUUUGCCAUUUCAUACAUUUUGUCAUGUAAAUAUCUUCCACAUAUCAUUCACAAAUAUUGUAAGACGUAUUGUAAGGAGUUAGACAAACGGCUUAUUUUAUCUUAGUCCACUCUCUGGGUUGAAAUGUAUGGAGGAUGGCUGUAUUGCAGUCUAGUAUAACUAUAGAAAUACACUACAAUCCCUGAGAGACCUGGCAUUGUUCCAUCCUUUCUGUCUUUGAAGUUAAAACCUCAAUGAAGGAAAAAGCUAUCUUGACCUGUUUAGAGCUUGGCAGCCUGUCUUUUAAGGUGACUGUAUAGUUUCUGGUAAACAGCCAUGCUUGUGGUCUGUAUGGUCUGGGAUGUGUCCAGGUGGGAGUGGGAUGGAUGCUGUUGAAAAAGGUGGGAACACUAAGUAUUUGUUGACUUCAGUGUGAUUUGAUAACUUGCUAACAGCACCCCACACUUUUAAAAGGCAUCAUUUAUUUUUAUCUGACUAGAAUAUGGAAUUGAUAUAGGGGUUAUGGUCACUUUAAAGUGUGUGUGCCAAAAAAAUGUAAUUAUGCAGUUUGAAAGACUAACACAAGGGGCCCUCUAUAACGUAUGUGCAUGUGUGUGACUGAGAGAGAUCAGGUCCACAAGCACACAUCACCCCAAUGAGAUUAUUGAAUUUGAUACUUUUUUUUCUUCUUUUGCUGAGCAGCAUGUUGGUGUUUGGGAUGUAUUGGGUUAGGAAAAAAGAGUUCUAAUUAGGGAAAAAAGAAAAACAGGAAGUAAAAAAAGAAUGUAGCUUAAAAGUGUCCAUCAAUGUUAUAUUUGUUUUAACAGACCAUUUAGUUCUGCACUAUUUUCUAAAGAAAGUUCCUCCCGUCAACAUUCUGUAAUCACAACAGUUUCACUUUCACGCUAGCUUUUUGGCAAAACAAUGAAGUUCAACUUGUUUUUGCUGGUCUGUACAAUUAAUUAACAUGAGAUUAUUUCUUACACUAAAGGCUGUACAUAAAUUGGUCACUCUGCUGAACAUUUAUUUGUCCUGAAAAGAGUUUGUGACUGGUGUAGUCUGUUUGGUAGAUUUGGGGAAGUGGGAAGGCAGGACAACAUGGAGAAGGGGCUAUUUUUCACACUGUUUUGGGACUUUUCCUGUGGAUGGUAUAAGAUUGCCCUGUUGUUGACUGUAUUGUAGGGUGUAUUGUAGUCUAGUUGUCGAGGAAGUAUGGUGUCCAUUCAAGUGUGUUUGUGUUCAAAUGUACGGUCAGCCAAUCCCAUCAGUAUUAUAUAUCUAUUAUCUUCAGUGUGUGUAUUUCCACUAACCCCUAUCCCCCCCCCCCCCCCACAAGUAAGCUAAACCUUUUUCACUCCUUCAAGCCUUUUAUCCUUUUGUUUAUUAUUGUCACCAUUUGGUGGAAAUCUACAUGUUCAUGAUGUUGAAUAAUUGGUCAAUUUAGAUUUUCAUUGUGUAUUAUUCCAAACAACUCACGCAUCACUCCACAUGACAUGCCAUUUGGAUAAGCCACUGAUAACAUAAUAAUCUCCUGUGGAUGCUGGUUUAGAAUACAUUAUGAAUGGGAUUGAUGAGGAGGUGACCUAUAAUAGACAUUGUAGGAUUUGGCUGUUUGUUUGAGCGUAAAUGUGCUUUGUACAUGUAGAUGUAGACGUAUAAAUGGAAAAAAAAUGAGAAAAAAUGAGUCUGAUUUGGUGACUGAAUGUUUAUAGUGAACGGUAGGUAAUAAGGCAUGCCAUGUAAAUAAUUUUACAAUUGUAUAUGUCACGCAUCUUUUGAUUAAAAUGUCAAUGUUUCAGAGACAAAUACA